GUUUUUCUUCUAAAAUAAGGUAAGAGGAGUUGAUUUAACAAGAGAAGAAUAAAUAUUGAUGAAUUUAUAAGCAUAAGAAGUAGACUCUUUGAGAAUGAUUUCUAGAUUUCCCAUAGGAACUGAAAUUUAUAGAUUUAAGAUGGAAUAAUAUAAAGAAUUGUCUACAAUGAGAGCAGAAAUGGAAAAGAUUAUUUAAGAGCAACGAUUGUAAAGAGUGAGAAGGAAUUUUGAGAAGAAAAGAAGAGAAAAAGAUAAGGAAUUUGAGAACAAUAAAUGGGUUGAUGAUUAAAGAAAAUGUAUUAUAGAAAAUAGAUUAAUGAUUUUGGAGAAGUCAGAAAGGAGAGUCACUUAUAUGAUCCAGCUGAAGGGUUAGUAAUCCAUUAGGAUUAUGUAUUGGGAUUACCAAGGAAAACAAAGCUACCAUAAUUUAUUUUUGCAGUUUUUAGUAAUAUUCAAUAAUUAAAUCAACCAAAGUUAAUAACCAAUUAUACUAAUUACCAGCUCAUCCAUAAGUUUUCUUAAUAGUGGAAGUGCAAUUACCUGUCAGUAAGAGAUUGGAAGAGAAUAUUGGUAAGACUCAAUCAUAUGGAUGGACAUAGAUUGAU